AUGGCGUCCACCACCCUGCCCUCGGACCAGCACGACCAGCUCACCUCGUUUGGCUUCUUCCAAGAUGCAGACGAGCAGCACCACUCGCCCUUUGCCCUAAACGCCAUCCUCAACCGUGUAAAGCCUCGCCGCGCUAGCCCGUCCGACACUCGCAACCUCACCCACGCCCGCAAGAUCUCGCUCACUCCGAGCACAUCAGCCCUCUCCACCCUGGACGAAUCCUCCGAGUAUCCCGCUAGCCAGCACCCCCGCACCUCUCCCGAACUCCGCACAGGCACCGCCGACUUCGCACACAGGUCCUCCGAAGCCGCCCAGAAGCAAGCCCGCCACGUCAGCCCCACACGCUCUCGAACCGCCGACUCUGCAUCCUGCGCAUCGCACCGGCCGCAUGUCGAAGAUGCUAUCGCGGGCCAAAAAGGCGCCGCCGCCGCCGCCGCCACCGCCACCGCCAGCGCGAGCAACGGUGCCCCCUCCUUUGGACCCUCGUCGUCGUCGGGUGCCGGACAGGGAAACGGACAGGGAAAUGCCGCCUCGCGCACCAGGUCCAGAGCGCAUCCAAGGCUGCCCGUGACCCUACGCACUGUUGCGCCGGCAUCGACAAUCAGCUUCACCACCUCGGCCCACGCCGUCACGCACGGAUCGAUCGGUCACGCCGCCAGCUCGGUCGAUGAUCUCGACUCGGUGGCCGCCGAUGAUGGCGACCUCGAUGGCGACGCAUCGCGCGACCAGCUCGGCAGCCUUCACAGCCGCGCCAUCGACCGUUCCCACUGGGCUGCCCACGGCUGGUCCGCCAUCCCCGGCUUCCCUCUCUCCAAGGACAUCCUCGCCGACGACGCCCGUUCCGUCCACAGCAGCUCGUCGCGAUUCCCGCGCUCAGACACGCUCGAGGAGCUGCACGUCGCCUCGACUCCUAGCCGCACCGGAUUCCAGACCAGCGCCGACGCCAUCAUACGCCGGAUGCGCGGCGAGGGCCUCAGCAAAAAGUUCUGGAUGGCCGACGAAAACGCAAAGGAGUGCCGCGAGUGCCUGACCGUCUUCACGCCUUUCCGUCGCAAGCACCACUGCCGCAUCUGCGGGCAGAUUUUUUGCGGCCGCUGCGCCGCACACAUCAUCAAGGGUCACCGCUUUGGCUACGACGGCCUGGUGCGCGUGUGCAACUUUUGCAUGCGGACGCUCGAAGAGUACAACCGCCGCGACGACGCUCACCGCCCUCUCGCCGGACCUAUAGCCUCCUCCAACUCUGCUUCCGGCUUCGCCGCCGACGCCGCCCUCCAUUCCGUCUCUAGGUCGAAGGGGCUCCGCAACGGCCCGCACCCCGCUCUGCGCGACAAGCAGCUCAUCUCGGCGCCGCUCGAGGCCCAGGUGCAGAGCCCCCAGUCUCAGUUCGCAGCAAACAACCUCUUCACCAGUGCAACGGCCAUGCCCGCCGUCUUCUCGGUCGGCUCGCACCAGCCCAACGCCCACGACUUCGACCACACCUUGCGGAGCUUUGGUCUCGAGACGGUGCCACCUUCGGUGCAAGCAUCGCCGACUCGGCCAGCGAAAGCUCGUCAGGAACCGGCCCUCGGCGGCAACGCUACAACGGCAGCUCCUUUUCGCAAGGCCCUUGCGGAUGACGAAAUGACGGUGGGGCCAUCAGCGGACGAGGCCAGCUCCGGUCUGAUCGAUCGCGUGGUAAGCCUGCCGCCGCAAGGCGCAGGCUCAAAGGCGGAUCCAGCCGCCGGCGGACUGAGCGGGCAGAACCUGCCCGCCGCCGCGGCGCCAGAUCGUAUAGCUUUCCCGUCCACGGCACGAGUGGCCGGACUCGGAGCCCACGUCAUCGACGGAUCAGUCGGCUCGGCCACUCAGGCCAUCGUCCAGACGACCGACACCCCGCGGCUGCGGCUGAUCAGCGAUGCCGCGUCAAAGCGGCCUGCCUAUCGGACCCGACUACGUUCGCGCGCGGCGCUGCCCUUGGAGCCCGUUCCGUCAAGCGAUGCUGCUGCCGCCACCGUGGCCUCAUCCUCGGCCACCGGCUCACCUGGUCUCGGCGGCGAAAAGAGCGAUGGCAGUGUCGAUGGGGCGUUCGCGGCCCCUACUGCCGUCAGCUCCGACUCGGGCCGGGAGCCUCCGCGGGUCUCUUUGCCCAACGUGACGCCGGCUUUGCUGGCCGCUUCCAUCUCGAUGCACGCACUGCACCACCUGACGACGAUGAUGGAGCAGACGCUGAUCCGGCAGCGCGUGCCGCACGCCCGAGCGUGGCUCGACGUGCUGCUGCCCGUCGUGCUGACGGCCGUGUCCAAGGUCAGACCCAACCCGCGCGAGUCGAGCUCGAUGGACGUGCGCCACUUUAUCAAGAUCAAGCGGAUCCCGGGCGGCAAGGCGACCGAGUGCGAGUACGUCCACGGCUUCGUCUGCAGCAAGAACGUGGCCACCAAGCAGAUGGCCAAGAGCCUGCCUCUGACCAAUGCCCGCGUCAUGGUCGUGCGCUUCCCGCUCGACUACCAUCGCGGGCCGAACCAGUUCAUGUCGCUCGAGCCCCUGAUGGCCCAGGAGCACGAGUUUAUCCGCAUCCUCGUGGCUCGCAUCGUGGCGCUGCGGCCCCAGCUCGUCGUCGUCGAGAAGACGGUGUCGCGCCUGGCUCUCGACCUGCUGGAGCGCGCAGGGGUUGUCGUCGUGUGGAGCCUCAAGCCCAGCGCGAUCGAGGCCAUCAGUCGGUGCACGCAGGCCGACAUCAUCACCUCGAUUGACAGGCUGGCGCUCGAUCCGAAGCUUGGCCGCUGCCACUCGUUCCGCGUCGAGACGUUUGAGCACGCCUCGUUCCCGGAACUGCGCAAAAGCUUCAUGCGCUUCGAGGGCACGCCCAAGGACCUUGGCUGCACCAUCGUGCUCCGCGGCGCCAACGGCGAGAUGCUCAGCCGCAUCAAGCGCAUCCUCGAGCUCAUGAUCUUUGUCGCCUACAACUUGCGGCUCGAGGAGCACGUCAUGCGGGACGAGGGCGCCGCCAUGGAGACCAUCCACUUCCAGAGGCCAGAUGAAGAGCGCGCCGGCAACAGCUGGGAUCGAAGCGCACCCGGGCGUGCAUCGGACCUUGCCGACCCCUCGUUGAGCACCUUCUCGCUCGAGGCGCUCGAGGCGGAGCACGGCGUGCGUGGCGAUGCAGAGGGCCUGGCGAUUCUCGCCGCAACGCAGCGGAUCGACCGCGCGCUUCGACUGUACAGCGACACGUUGGUCAAUUCCUCGGCCUGCAUCCGGCUGCCCCCGCCGUAUCCGAUAUCGCGCCUCAAAGAGGAGAACGAUCUCCUCCUGCAACUCAAGCGACGCGCAGAGGCCGAGGAGCUCGAGCGGAUCCUCAAGGACGAGGGCAAGCUGCAGGAGACCGCCAACGGGAACGCGGCGCCGUCGGCAACCAGCUCGGGCACCAUCGCAGACGCCGAGGAAGGCGAAGCGACGCCGACGGCGACCGUACCGAGCACAGCAGAGGCCGACAAGGAGAGUACACGCGCCGCGUGCGCCAGCGCUGACCUGGGCGACAGAUCCGGACCAUUCCGAGGCAUGGACGGGGUUCAACCCCAUACUUCCGGCGCGACAGGCGAGCUCGACGUGGCCAGCCUCAAGACGGGGACGAUCGAAGCCGGCGAAGCGACCAAAGGAGCUGCUCAGAAAGUCCAGGGACCUCCCGACUUGGCCUCGGCAGCAACAUCGUCCGUCGACUUCGGCACCAGUGAAUCCGCACCCACCACUCCCGGCCCAGCAUCUUUCCUCGUCCAGCCCGACAUGCCCGUGAGCUCGAUCUCGGAACUCCCGACACGCACAGCUUCGCCCGCAGCACCAGCCUCGAUGUUGUCUUCAACCGUCUCGGGCGGCUCUCGGUCCACCUUUGUCGCGAGUACGUUGGCCUCGCAACCCGGCAACGCUCACACGUUCAACUCGGAGCUGCUGGCCUCGCUUCGGGCACCCUCGGAUGUGGCCAAGGAGUUCGAGUACGGCAUCGUCAAGCAGCGCCACGCGGCCAUGCUGCGACGCUGGACAGAGUACCUCGAGAUACCCUCGACCGGCCUCUCGCCGUUCGACCAUCAGCGACUGUGCAUGCUCACCACCACCAUGUGCGCAGUCACCCAGAGGCCGUGCGAUGAGCCCCGACUGGUCACUGUCGACUUUUAUGGUGCCAACGACGAGACGCUCGGCCAUCACCUCGAGGAGCUGGCGCGCAGCAGCUCUAGGUCGUGCUCGGCCAAGAAUUGUGGCCGCGCCAACGUCGUCCACUACCGCUCGUACGUCCACGCAGGCGUCCGAGUCCAGGUGGUGCUGGAGCGCUUCGUUUGCCCCAUUCCCGGCGAGGAAAACCGCCUGCUCAGCUGGAGCUACUGCAAGGUGUGCGAGAACGCGACGCCAGUCGCCAUCGUCACGCCAGAGAGCUGGAGCUUCAGCUUCGCAAAGUACCUCGAGCUCUACUUCUACCGCCACGACGGCUGCCGGACCAAGCUUUGCGACCACGACUUCUGCCGCGACCAGGUGCGCUACUUUGCCUAUCAGAACCUUGCCAUCCGCUUCCACUCGGAGGACGUCGAGCUCUACGAGGUGGCCGUGCCCCCGACGCGGCUAUUCAUCUGCCCGUCGAUGCAGAGCAACAUCAAGAACGAAGAGUCGAUCCUCUUCUCGCGCAAGAACUCGGCCUACUGGGACAGUGUGCUGGCGCGGAUAAAGGCUCUCAGCGCAGACGCCUGCUCAGACGCCUCGUCGGCCGCCAACCGCGAGCGCAACCGGCUGCUGCUCAACGAGUACAUCAAGAAGUGCGAGGCCGACCGGCGCGAAGUCGAACGCGAGAUUGUUCGAACCUACCGCGACUCGGCACCGACCGACGUCCUUUGCCUCAACCGCGUCCAGCGCUCGCUCCAGGAAAAGGUCGUCAAGUGGGACCUCGACUUUAUCGAGUUUGAAAAGAGCCUCAUCCCGACCGAGCGCGACAUCCGCCGCAUCACGACCAGCCACCUCAAGCGCCUGUUCGCCGAAAAGGACAACACCACCGACAAGAGUUCCAGCCCGGAUCCUGCGAUGGCCGCGGCUGGCCAAGGCCCGCUAGCGACUGCAGCGGAGCUCGACGAGUCGGCCGCCGACACUGAUGAGCAGGAGCGGGCAGCCGCAGCGACCGCCGCCGCCGCCUCCGCGGAAGAGACAUCAAGUGCCUUGCUGGCCGCGGUCACAGAACCCUCCGAGGCCCCGGCGAACGCGCCCACUCACGAGUCGGUGCAAGCUAAGCGACCAGACGAUGCAUUGACCAUCAGCAGCAUCAGCGACGUCGUACCGGAAUCGGCGCCAGCUUCGCCCGUAUCGCCCAUCUCGCUCAUCGACCGCUCUCGAUUCGGCAUGCCGAGCCAGGCGGAUGGCAACAGCACCGAUGCCACCGUGGAUCUCUCGCCAGCCGAGUCACGCACCGACCAGAGCAGCGCCCUGCUGCCGCGGCAUCAGCAACGGCGUCAGACCACGUCGGCGGCUGCGCCUGCCUCUCCGACCUUCUUGGCCAGUCCGCACAGCCGCACUGGUCUCUCCCGCUCCAGCAACUUUUCACGCGCUGAUGAGAGCUCCUGCACCGAAAACGAGCUGGCCAGAUCGGUGACCAAUCUAGUCAGGCGCUUCGACGGACCCCGCCGGCCUGCAGCGAUGCACACCAGCUCAGCGGGCGCGCACGUCUCUCGCCUGGGAGGCGAGGUACGUCGCCCUAGCAUGCGGCGUGGCAAGACCGAGGAGGCUCUCUCGAGUCAGAGCAGGACAGUCAAGGGUGGUGCCGCGGGCGCUGUAGCCGGCGCUCCUUCGCAUCUUGGCCCGAGCGCCGCCAAGACGCCACACGGGUCGGACAAGGGCGAAGAGGCAAGCAGCCGGGCAGCGUCGCCCCUGGGCCAAGGCGGCAGCGGCGGCGGCGGCGCAGGCCAAGCUUCGCAGAGCCGAGUGCCGCGGAUCAAGCGCGGAUACAGCUCUGCCUCUGUCCCGGGUUUCGCGCAAACAAGCGGGCAGACGACUCCGACCGGGUCUGGUGCGGGUCCGCCAAGCAGCUUUCGGCCGCCUAGGGGCGAGGGCUUGAAGGCGGGGCCGAGGCCCAUCAUUGGCCGCACAAGUGCAUCGAUGGCGGCAAAGCAGCGAGGGCCAGACGGGGAUCGUGCCGUCCACGCCUCUGGCAGGCAGGAUGCGUCAGGAACAGCAGCGUCCGGACGGGGAUCGGCCUACUAUGGCGGCGGCGGGGGAGCAGGGUCUGGCGAUGGCGGCGGUGGCGGCGGCAUUGGAAGCCGCGUACCAGUGCCUCGGCGCGGCGAGAACGGGCCUGGGACCCGCAGCCGCGUCUCGACGAUCGCCAAGCACUUUGACCGCAUCAGCCGCGAGGCCGAGCGCGAGCGCGAACGGCAGCACCGCCUGCUGCUCGCCCAGCGGGCCAAGCGCGCGAGGCCAGUGGCUAUGACGCGGGCCAAGGUCGAGGUGUUCAGCAGCAUCAAGGAGGCGGUUCGGGAUGAUGAGAGCGACCACGACACGGCCGAAAGCGGUGACGACGGGGCGUCCGCCGCCGACAACGAAGAUGAGGGCGAAGACGACCUCGACGGCGACGGCGACGAUGCCGACCACGACGCACUUGCCAACCGCAAGCGCGGGCUCGGUUCUGCUGCCUCGUCGUACGAUCGCCGUGGCGCUAUCGGGCCAUCCGGCAAAGGACAGCCGCAACCACCGUCGUCGCGUGCGAGCACCGAAGGUCACUCAGGCCCAAGCGCCGCUCUGGGUUCGAACCAGGAUCCGCUUGAGCCCAGCUCGGCUCACGACCUGCCGCUGUCCCAUCGCGGCCGUCGCGAGGACUCGCAGAUGACGAUCAAGGCUUCCUCGACCGCCGACCCUUCCGCGUCCGGAGCACGCACGGGCGAUACGCUUGGCGGGGGCGAGGGCGAGGGUGAUGGUCGAUGUGCGGGAGACGUCACACCAGACAACGCCGUCGCACGGCGUCAGCUCGGCCAACUGGCGGCUGCUGCCAUGACGCCGUCGACACUGGCGGCGGCCACCGCGGCGGCUGGCAGCGAGCUCGAGUCGGACGCUCCCUCGCUGGCGCCCUCCACUCUGGCCGGCUCGUCGAGCCAGAUCUCGAGCACGCUGCCGUCGUACCUGCGCAACGGCGGCUUUGCUGACUCGGACUCGACCAUCAGCCUGGAGCGCAGCUUCCUCAAGACGCUCUCGGGCUUCUGGGCCUUCCGAACGGGGGAGAUGGUGCCGCUCGAGUAUCCGAUGCUCAACUCGGAGCACGUCUUUGGCGAUUCGGAGAUCAUCUUCCGCGAGGACGAGCCCAGCUCGAUCAUCGCCUUCACGCUGAGCUCGAGGCAGUACAACGAUCGCCUCCGCACGCUGCAGGCCGAGGGGACGCGAGUGCGAGAGACGCGCGAGGAGACCUUCAUGCCCGGCAGCGCCGACGAGGGCGGCGGCGAGCGCGAGCACGGUGGCGGCGAUCAACCCGGACGGACCGACGGCACAGGCGCCCGCGACGACGACGACGACGGCGGCUGGCGCGUCAUCGAGGUCGAGGGUGCGGCUCUCGAGUCGGUGCUGCAGAAGGAGGGCACCCACUUUCGCUGCGAGUUUGAGUCUGGCUCGACGCGGCUGUGGUGCAAGAUCCUCUUCGCCGAGCAGUUUGAUGCGCUGCGGCGGUCGUGCUCGUGCGAGGAUUCGUUUGUCGAGUCGCUGUCGCGGUGCGUCAAGUGGGACUCGUCGGGGGGCAAGUCUGGCUCGGCGUUUCUCAAGACGCGCGACGACCGGCUGGUGGUCAAGCAGCUGUCGCGCUUUGAGAUGGACGCGUUUAGCAAGUUUGCGCCCCAGUACUUUGGCUACAUGGCGCAGUGCUUUGGGCGCGGGCGGAGGUCGACGCUGGCCAAGAUCUUUGGGUGCUUCCGCAUCGGUUUCCGCAAUCCGCAGACGGGGCGGUCGCUCAAGAUGGACUGCCUGGUGAUGGAGAACCUGUUUUACCAGCGCGACGUGGCGCGCAUCUACGACCUCAAGGGGAGCAUGCGCAAUCGGCACAUCCAGGAGACGGGGCGGGCCAACGAGGUGCUGCUCGACGAGAACCUGGUCGAGGUGGCGCACCAGUCCCCGCUCUUUGUGCGCGAGCACUCGAAGCGCCUCCUCCGCUCGGCCCUCUAUAACGACAGCCUCUUUCUCGCCGACGUGAACGUCAUGGACUACUCGCUCGUCGUCGGCGUCGACAGGAGGCGCGGCGAGCUCGUCGUGGGCAUCAUCGACUUUGUCCGCACGUUUACCUGGGACAAGCGCGUAGAGAGCUUCGUCAAGGAAACCGCCCUCCUCGGCGGAGCGGGCAAGGGCGAACCGACCAUCAUUACGCCGCGACAGUACCGAACCCGCUUCCUCACCUUUCUCGACAAGAGCUUCCUCCUCACGCCCGACUUUUGGAUCCAGCCCGGCUGGACGCAGUGA